AUGCUGGCUCUGACUUUCUUCACAGAAACCAAGCCAGCACCAAUUGAUUUGCCACCAUGGUUUGUGCUGUUUUUGUUUGACUCAGGAGCAUCCUGCAUCAUGGUCAAUUCCCCUCAGUAUGGGAAAGGCUGGCAGGAUAUGGAUCACAAAGUCAGCAUUACCACCACCAAUGGUGGGCUACUCUCCACCACCAAGAUGGGGGGAAUGGUCAGCCUCCUGAGCUUUAGUCCCAAGAUGUGUCAAUGGGAACAAAUAACAUACCAGGACUGUCUCCUCAUUCCUGGUCUUGUGACUAACCUCAUUGGUACCAAGUCAGUCACACAUGCCCAAGGUAAAGUGACUUUUGAAGAUGAGCUCAUUACAGUUCAAGACAAGAAUGGUCAUGUGAGCUGUGUGCCAACAAAUGGGGAUGGAUACCCUGCCACUGCCAUGAUCAUAUGGGACAAUAACAUGCCCAAACCUGCUAUCUCCCUCACCUUUGCAGCCCAAACUCCUAGCACUGAGUGGUUCCAAAGAGUAUGUCCCAAGGCAGAUCUCUGGCAUUGGCAGCUAGGCCAUGCCAGUCAUGACUCAAUACUAUGCAUGUGCACAGUGACUGUCUUGCACAACAUCUCCUCAUUGCGAGCUACUCAUCCCAGUGUGCUUUGCAAUGUGUGCAUAUGCAGCAAGGCCACCACAAGGACUGUAGCUCACCCUCGACACAUGAGUGUGCCACUUGAACUGGUGUCCAUGGACAUAAUGGGCCCAAUGCAUGGUGCAACCAAGUUUGCAUAUGUCCUAAUCAUUCACAAUGUGUACUUGAGCAUGAUCUGGGCACAGGGUCUGAUGAACAAAGGCCAAGCGUCUCAGGAAGCGGCUGUCAGAGGUCUCGCACCUGAAAUCGGAUAUCUGUAA